ACAUUUAUCUGGCCACCACUGUAUCUGAUAUGUGACAACAAAUUCGACUCCGAUUAUUCCCAAUGCUGGUCCAGAUUAAGAUUAUCCAGCGAAUGUGAAGAUAGCCCAAGUACGAAAUAGUUUAAGUCCAACUUUCAGUUGCAUUUGCAGACCCUUAGUGACGUGUGUUCCGUAACAAGAUGGCAGUUUUCAAAUCCUCCAGUUUAAAAUGUUUGAGGAACUGCUCCUUUGCCGCAGGAAUUGUCUCUUUGAUAUUUUCGUUGAUGGUGUUCAUGUUAUAUUUAAUUGCUUCAAACUUUACAAAUGUCUCCAAAAACAAGGACGUUUUCAAUCUUCAUUGCAUGUUCAUGACAGUUUCAUCUUUUCUUCAGAUCUUUGCUAAUAUAUUUUUGAUUGUUGGAUGUGUUAAGAAAUCCCAUCAAUACGUUCGAGUUUGGUUGAUUUUGUGUAUCAUUUCCUGGGUCUUUGCUCUACUAGCAUGUGUGCUAGUUGUUUAUAUCCAGGAAAUUUGGCAGCAAAUAGGUACCCAAUAUCUCGUGGCCAUCAUCUUAGCUGCUUGCUUUUAUUUGCUCAAUUGUGAUGUUAUUCAUUGCUACUAUUUACAAUUGCACCAAUUUGCCUAUAGUACUUUGACCGAGGUCUUACAAUCGAACGGAUAACGUGCUCCAAAAGUUAUUAAAAAUAAAUGUUUCCAAGUAGUUGCAUUAAUAACAUAAAGUGAAUUAAAUGUUUCCAAAAUUA